UAUAUUUAUAUUAUUUUGUAUGUAUUUGUAUAUAUUUGUCAACGUCACUGAACUUGUUUAGGCUAACUCCCACAAACUACGGUGCUUCAAAUUCCUCGUACCAAAGUAUAGAAGGCCAGAGAGCUUUUGAAUCAGUGAGAAGCGCACCCCAGGUUAGAAAUGAUAGCCAAGUUGUUAUCCUUAGCGUCUCUGAUGCCAACUCUACCUUCAAGUUUUGAUUCUGUGAAGGAGUGCCACUCUUUCAUGCAAAAUGCCUACGAUCUGAUAUAUCUUCACCAAAAAUCCCGGAUCGUAGCAGUGUACCCAUAUGAUAAACCGGCAUGGAAGAGAGGAUAGAUUUGAUAAGCUGCGGAAAUCACACUUGAACAAUCGCAUUGAUGUCUGAUUAUUUCUACACCUCUCUCUCUGAAAGAAGAAUCCUCGACCGGAAUCGGUCUCUCCCUCCUGAGCACGAAUUGCAAAGGCGUUUCUUUGGCUUCGGGAUACCUGACCUGCAAUCAAAUUCAUAGCUUUCUGAGAUCUAUUUCCUCCUAUGCCUCGAAAACCAAAUGGUUCUCUUUUCCUUGGAAUUCUCACGGACACGUUGGCUGCACAACUACAAAAACCCAUCUACGAUCAUUUCUCUUUUGAGAGAUAACGCUGCAAUUUCGAUAAACAAUGGGAUUUUCGAGUCAGAUUUUCCUUGUUUCGAUCUUCUUUUGCUUAUUCGCAUCUGGGUCUUCUUCAAUAGAGAAUUUUCGUCAGGCCAGGUUUCCUAUUGUGGAGCCUGAUGUUAGCCAUACAAAACUUCGCCUUGCAAAGGAAGGAUUAGAGGUGAUAGAAAGAAUAACAACACCAAUUGCAGCUAUUGCAGUGAUUGGUCCAUACCGCUCAGGAAAAUCCUUUCUUCUUAAUCAACUUCUCUCCCUCUCGUGUUAUGAAGGAUUUGGUGUUGGUCACAUGCGUGAUACCAAAACAAAAGGGAUAUGGGUAUGGGGAACCCCAUUAGAAUUGGAUAAAGAUGGAGUGAAAACAUCUGUGCUUUACCUUGAUACAGAAGGUUUUGAAAGUGUGGGGACAUCUAAUGUAUAUGGUGAUAGGAUCUUUGCUCUGGCAACCAUUAUGAGUUCUUUGCUUAUCUAUAACCUACCUGAGACGAUCCGUGAAGCAGAUAUAUCCCGGUUAUCUUUUGCUGUUGAGCUUGCUGAGGAAUUUUAUGGAAGAGUGAAGGGACAAGAUAUUGCAUUUGAGCCAGCCAAGCUUUUGUGGCUUAUCCAGCGUGACUUCUUACAGGGGAAAUCUGUGCAGCAGAUGGUGGAUGAAGCUCUCCAACGGGUACCAAAUAAAGAUGGCGACAAAAAUAUUGAUCGGGUUAACCAGAUUCGAGAAUCAUUGGCAAUUAUGGGCGAUAACAACACAACUUUUAGCUUACCACAGCCUCAUCUUCAGCGAACAAAGCUUUGUGACAUGAAGGAUGAUGAACUUGACCCUACUUAUGUUGAGAAUAGGGAGAAGUUGAAAGAACUUGUUGCUUCUAUUAUUCGUCCAAAAAUUUUGCAGGGAGUACCUCUCAAUGGAAAGCAGUUUGUAUCUUUUCUGGAACAGACUCUUGAAGCCUUGAACAAAGGGGAAAUUCCAUCCACAGGUUCUCUUGUUGAAGUUUUCAAUAAAGGAAUUCUUGAGCGGUGCUUGAAGCUUUAUGAUCAUAGGAUGGAGGAAUUAGGAUUACCCCUCCCAGAGCACUCUUUAGGAAGAGCCCAUGAUGAAUCAAAAAAUGAAGCAAUAAAAGUAUUUGAUGAGCAGCAUUUUGGCCGUUACCAUGCUAAGCAAUCUGUUGAUAAAUUGGAUGAAGAAAUAGAUAAGGAGUACAAGAAAUUCAUUUUUGCAAAUGAAUAUCAAUCAUCAAAGCUGUGUGAGGCACUGUAUACCAAGUGUGAGGACAAAAUGGAUCAGCUUCAAGUUCUAAGACUUCCUUCCAUGGCAAAAUUUAAUGCGGGUUUUUUGCAAUGUAAUCAAAGUUUCGAGGUGGAAUGUAUUGGUCCUUCAAAAGCAAAGUAUGAACAACGUAUGAUGAAGAUGUUGUCGAAGGCAAGGUCUCUAUUCAUUAAGGAGUACAACAACAGGCUUUUUAAUUGGUUGGUGGUCUUCUCUCUUGUCAUGGUGGUGGUGGGACGGUUUGUUGUAAAACUUAUUUUUCUCGAGAGUGUAGCAUGGAUACUAUUUAUCUUCUUGGAGGCGUAUACAAGGAUGUUUUGGUCAGCAGAGUCUCUUUAUUACAACCCUGUUUGGCAUUUUAUUGUGGCAAUCUGGGAGGCAAUAGUUUAUAGCCCUUUCCUUGAUCUGGAUAGAUGGGCUGUUCCAAUUGUUGUCAUUCUGGCAAUUUUUCUACUUUACCGGCGAUGCUAUGGGAGGAGCAAACAUGGGACUCGCUUGCUGUUACCUCUUUAUAAACACCGCAAAGGUGUCUCAAACAGGCCCAGAUCCGAUUAAAGGCCUAUUCUAUUUGAAAGAUUUAUGGGAAGCGUGUACUUGAGCAGUGUCUGUGCUUCUAAUCACCAUUCUCCUUCCUACCUGGAUAAACCAUUUAUUCUUUUUAUAUACAUGGAGCCGAUCUAAGUAUUUUGUAUUUCUUGGACAACCCUUGAUUUUGAAAAGAAGCAGGAGAUCAGAUAACGGUCGAGGGAUUAUUCUUAUUCUGUGUAACUGUAGCAUCUUCAUCUUGUAUUGUUCUGUGCUUUUAUUGUUUAGACGUUGCAAGCCUCGUUUGUAAAAUUUCUCGACUUAAUAAGUGGGAACUAUUAUCUUUUA